AUGGUGAAGGGGUUUGACCCACCACAUCAGAGUGACACCAGGACUAUUUACAUAGCCAACAGGUUUCCUCAAAAUGGCCUUUACACACCUCAGAAAUUUAUAGAUAACAGGAUCAUUUCCUCUAAGUAUACUGUGUGGAAUUUUGUUCCAAAAAAUUUAUUUGAACAAUUCAGAAGAGUGGCAAACUUUUAUUUUCUUAUUAUAUUUUUGGUUCAGCUUAUGAUUGAUACACCCACCAGUCCAAUUACCAGUGGGCUUCCAUUAUUCUUUGUGAUCACAGUGACCGCCAUAAAGCAGGGAUAUGAAGAUUGGUUACGACAUAACUCAGAUAAUGAAGUAAAUGGAGCACCUGUUUAUGUUGUUCGAAGUGGUGGCCUUGUAAAAACUAGAUCAAAAAAUAUUCGGGUGGGUGAUAUUGUUCGAAUCGCCAAAGAUGAAACUUUCCCUGCAGACCUAGUGCUUCUGUCUUCAGACCGACUUGACGGCUCGUGCCAUGUUACCACUGCUAGUUUGGACGGAGAAACGAACCUGAAGACACACGUGGCAGUUCCCGAAACAGCAGUAUUACAGACCGUUGCCAAUUUGGACACCCUGGUGGCUGUGAUAGAGUGCCAGCAACCAGAAGCCGACUUAUACAGGUUCAUGGGAAGAAUGAUAAUAACUCAGCAAAUGGAAGAAAUCGUAAGACCCCUGGGCCCAGAAAGUCUCUUGCUUCGUGGAGCCAGAUUGAAAAACACAAAAGAAAUUUUUGGGGUUGCCGUGUACACUGGAAUGGAAACGAAAAUGGCCUUAAAUUACAAGAGUAAGUCACAGAAGCGAUCUGCAGUAGAAAAGUCAAUGAACACAUUUUUGAUAAUUUACCUAAUAAUCCUUAUUUCUGAAGCCAUCAUCAGUACUAUCUUGAAAUACACGUGGCAAGCUGAAGAAAAAUGGGAUGAGCCUUGGUACAACCAAAAAACAGAGCAUCAGAGAAAUAGUAGUAAGAUUCUGAGAUUCAUUUCAGACUUUCUUGCUUUUUUGGUACUAUAUAAUUUUAUCAUUCCAAUUUCAUUAUACGUGACAGUCGAAAUGCAGAAAUUUCUUGGAUCGUUUUUUAUUGGCUGGGAUCUCGAUCUCUAUCAUGAAGAAUCAGAUCAGAAAGCCCAGGUCAAUACUUCAGAUCUGAAUGAAGAGCUGGGACAGGUGGAGUAUGUGUUUACCGAUAAAACUGGUACACUAACGGAGAAUGAGAUGCAGUUUCGGGAAUGUUCACUCAAUGGCAUAAAAUACCAAGAAAUCAACGGUAGACUUGUACCUGAAGGUCCAACACCAGACUCUUCAGACGGAAACUUAUCUUACCUCAGUAGUUUAUCCCAUCUUAACAACUUAUCUCAUCUUACAACCAGUUCUUCUUUUAGAACCAGUCCUGAAUAUGAACUUGAACUAAUUAAAGAACACGGCCUCUUCUUUAAGGCAGUCAGCCUCUGUCACACGGUACAGAUAAGCAAUGUUCAGACUGAUGGCAUUGGUGAUGGUCCCUGGCAAUCCACCCUCACACCCUCCCCCUUAGAGUAUUAUGCCUCGUCUCCAGAUGAAAAGGCUCUAGUGGAAGCUGCUGCAAGAAUUGGCAUUGUAUUUAUUGGCAAUUCUGAAGAAACUAUGGAAGUUAAAAUACUUGGAAAAUUGGAACGGUACAAACUACUUCAUGUCCUGGAGUUUGACUCAGAUCGUAGAAGAAUGAGUGUCAUUGUUCAGGCACCUUCAGGUGAGAAGUUUUUAUUUGCUAAAGGAGCUGAAUCAUCAAUCCUCCCUAGAUGUAUAGGUGGAGAAAUUGAGAAAACAAGAAUUCAUGUAGAUGAAUUUGCUCUGAAAGGGCUCAGAACUCUAUGUAUAGCCUAUAGACAGUUUGCACCUAAAGAAUAUGAAGUAAUAGAUAGACGCCUAUUUGAAGCCAGGACUGCCUUGCAACAACGGGAAGAGAAAUUGGCCGACGUCUUCCAGUUCAUAGAGAAAGACUUGAUUCUACUUGGAGCUACAGCAGUAGAAGAUAGACUACAAGAUAAAGUUCGAGAAACAAUUGAAGCAUUAAGAAUGGCUGGUAUUAAAGUGUGGGUACUUACUGGUGAUAAACAUGAAACUGCUGUUAGUGUCAGUUUAUCAUGUGGACAUUUUCACCGAACCAUGAACAUUCUUGAACUUACAAACCAGAAAUCAGACAGUGAGUGUGCUGAACAAUUAAGGCAACUUGCCAGAAGAAUUACAGAGGAUCAUGUGAUUCAGCACGGCCUGGUCGUGGAUGGGACCAGCCUAUCUCUUGCACUCAGGGAGCAUGAAAAAUUAUUUAUGGAAGUUUGCAGAAAUUGCUCAGCUGUAUUGUGCUGUCGUAUGGCACCGCUGCAGAAAGCAAAAGUAAUAAGACUGAUAAAAAUCUCACCUGAAAAACCCAUAACAUUGGCUGUUGGUGAUGGUGCUAAUGAUGUAAGCAUGAUACAAGAAGCACAUGUUGGAAUAGGAAUCAUGGGUAAAGAAGGAAGACAGGCUGCGAGAAACAGUGACUAUGCAAUAGCCAGAUUUAAAUUCCUCUCCAAGUUGCUCUUUGUCCACGGUCAUUUUUACUAUAUUAGAAUAGCAACCCUUGUACAGUAUUUUUUUUAUAAGAAUGUGUGUUUUAUCACACCCCAAUUUUUAUAUCAGUUCUACUGUUUGUUUUCUCAGCAGACCCUGUAUGAUAGCGUGUACCUGACUUUGUACAAUAUUUGUUUCACUUCUCUGCCUGUUCUCAUGUAUAGUCUUUUGGAACAGCAUAUAAACCCUCAUGUGUUACAGAGCAAGCCCACUCUCUAUCGAGACAUUAGUAAAAACUGCCAUCUAAGCAUUAAAACAUUUCUUUACUGGACCAUGCUCGGUUUCAGCCAUGCCUUCAUUUUCUUUUUUGGAUCCUAUUUUCUAAUAGGGAAAGAUAUCUCUCUGCUUGGAAAUGGCCAGCCGUUGAAACCUAACCAUCAAAUGAUGUUUGGAAACUGGACAUUUGGCACAUUGGUCUUCACUGUCAUGGUCAUUACAGUUACAGUGAAGAUGGCUUUAGAAACUCACUUCUGGACCUGGAUCAAUCAUCUUGUGACCUGGGGGUCAAUCAUCUUUUAUUUUGUGUUUUCCUUGUUUUAUGGAGGGAUUCUCUGGCCAUUUGUGGGGUCCCAGAAUAUGUACUUCGUGUUUAUUCAGCUCCUGUCAAGUGGUUCUGCUUGGUUUGCCAUAAUACUCAUGGUUGUUACGUGUCUGUUUGUUGACAUCGUAAAGAAAGUAUUCGACCGACAGCUCCAUCCUACAAGUACUGAAAAGGCACAGCUUACUGAAGCAAAUUCAAGUGUCAAGUGCUUGGACUCCAUGUGCUGUUUCUCAGAAGGAGAGACAGCGUGCGCAUCUGUUGGAAGAAUGCUGGACCGAGUGAUAGGAAGCUGUAGUCCAGCCCACAUCAGCAGAUCAUGGAGUGCUUCGGAUCCUUUCUGUACCAGCGACAGGAGCAUCUUGACUCUCUCCACAAUGGACUCGUCUACUUGUUAACGGGCAGUAGCUCUUGGUGGGAGCCAGUUCAACUCCUUUCCUAAAACGCAGUGUGAGUGCCCUCCAGUGGCCACACUCGCGCUGUAAAAGUUCCUCCUGGCGUCUCUUGAGUAGUCCAGGCCCACUCAGAGUGGCAGUGACAGACACACAGAAAGCGUUCACUUGAAUCCGCACACGUGGACACUGGCCCCGGCGGAGGCCUGUCCCCUUCCGUCCCCGGUUGCGUCAUCCCCUGGUCUCGGGACUCCUCAGGGCAUCUCUGCCUGUUGCUGAGGCCACUGUGUUUUGAUAUCAAAGAAGCAAAAGGGAGAUAAUGAACUCCUCGCUGCGUGUAUUUUUUAGCAUUAGUUUGUUUAUUGACUCUUCUAUUUAAAUCUGCUUCUGUAAAUUAUGCUGAAAAGUUUGCCUUGAAAACUAUUUUUCUAUUAGAGUUCUAUUUGAAGCUUUCCAUUGGGAUAGCUUAUGUGAACAGUGAGGAAUCACGGUUCCUCCCUGACCAUGCUGGUACCUCACGGAGGUGGACGCAGCAUGUGCAGGAAAUGCACGCCCGCUGGAAAGCCCUGGAGCCCGGCCAGUGAAGUUCGCCAUAGAGCGGUCAACCCUGCCCACCGUCUUAGGGAUCAAUCAGGAAUCAUGUCCAUUCACCAAGUUUCAAAUUGAUGUUUCCUAAUCAUAUUUUUGUAGCAGGCUGUGAAGAACCUAUAGUGGGUAAAUUAGGUGCCAUUAGCAUAAUAUUAAUUUAAUGUGUUCAUUAUUGGAUUUUUUGCAUGCAUUCAUCUGGUUCACAUAUUUAAGUUUGCUUUUUUUUCCCUCUCCCCCUCUCUCUAUCCAUCCUGAAGGCUCUGUUUGUGAUACUUUAUAACAAUGUUGUAAAGUUCAGAUUUAUCAAUAAACAAGUUUGGGCAGUAUUUAAAUAUUGAAAACACUCUUAAUUUAUAUAAAUACAGCUGGGUGGUUAAAUUGAUAUGAAAAGAGCCUCUUUCUAUGGCCAGUUUAGAAUUCCUCCCGCCUUUCCAAGAGCUAGGCUCGAGAAUGCAGGAUUUCAAGUGGAAAAUCUUACUCUUUGAAACUUAUAUGUUAUCUGAACUAUAGCAGGCUCCCACAGGAAAGCAAAAUCUACCCAGUGCCCCAUUUUAAGGUAUGUUUUCAGGCAUGAUUGUAAAAUAUAAAUGACAAAAUCUACAAUGCUCAAUUUGUGUGGGUGAGCACCAAUACAUUAAAAUGCUAAAAAUGUUUCAUCAGGACCAUGUGACUGUAUUUAAUUCAUUGCACUUCUAAGACUUAAUUUGUAUCCCAAACUUAUGUAAAUUCAGCAUUGUCAUUUGUUUUGAUAAAAAGUAAAGUUGAUUUAAAAUUUGGAAA